CGUAACCUAAGGUUUCAUUCUCUUCCGCUCCGAAUAGAUCCAUGAUCCGUCUCCAUUCCGUUACUUCCACCUUCUCCCCCAUCUCUCUUGCCCUAAAAUAAAAAUCCCCAAUUUCCUUCUACAGUACAACAUAUAUCGCUUACAACUACACAUUCACGCUCAUUCACACCAACCUAACCAUUUUCCCUUGAACAAUUUUGUUGCAAGAAUCUCACAUGCUUCGCAUUUUGCCAGUGUAAUAUUGAUUGUAAUCAUGCUGGACACAAAUGCACUGGUUCAUGAUAUCUUGAACAAGCUCAAAAGACGUCAGAUUGAGGGCUCAAAGGCCACAGCGAAGCUGACCGCAGAACUCCUCCGUAGUGUGAUAUCGCAGCAGCGUCUUCCAAGCACAAACCAAGCCGGGGCUCUUAUCGAUGCAAUUAAGGCGAUUGGAGAGCAGCUUGUUGCUGCUAAUCCAGUGGAACUCGCUGUUGGUAAUAUAGCGAGGCGUGUUCUACAUAUAAUCAGGGAGGAAGAUCUUUCACUCACGACAUCUGUCAUUGGUGGAUUAAGCUUAUCAGCCAUUAGUGAUGAUGAGAAUGACGUUGAACAAGACGAUUAUCCAGUUUUAUCAGCUGCUGCUGUUGCUGCUGCUGCUAGAAAUGCUCUGAGAGCUCCAUCAUUGCAGACCCUUCUAGAGGGUGUACCUCAUUCUGCAGCUGUUCUUCACUCCAACUCUUCUGCAGAUGAUUCUGAAGAAAAAACCAAAUCGACUGAUAAAAAUUCAAGAAGUCGAAAGCUAAAGCACAAUGUUAUCGAGACUGUGAAUGAUCUGAUUCAAGAUAUUGCCACCUGUCAUGAAGAGAUUGCUGAGCAAGCAGUCGAGCAUAUUCACCAUAAUGAAGUUAUUUUGACCUUAGGAAGUUCAAGAACUGUCAUUGAAUUUCUUUGUGCUGCAAAGGAGAAGAAGAGAUCAUUUCGUGUUUUUGUAGCAGAGGGUGCUCCAAGGUAUGAAGGACAUAUUCUUGCAAAUGAAUUGAUUAGUAGAGGACUACAAACAACAGUAAUCACUGAUUCCGCUGUUUUUGCAAUGAUUUCACGUGUAAACAUGGUUAUUGUUGGGGCCCACGCUGUGAUGGCAAAUGGUGGAGUGAUUGCACCUGUUGGAUUAAGUAUGGUUGCACUUGCAGCUCAAAGACAUGCUGUUCCUUUUGUUGUUCUUGCUGGCAUCCAUAAGUUGUGCCCUUUGUAUCCCCACAAACCAGAGGUGUUAUUGAAUGAAUUGAAGUCUCCAUCUGAUUUACUGGAUUUUGGAGAGUUCUCUGAUUGCAUGGAUUCCGCCACUGGAAUUGGAUUCCCUCUUCAUGUUGUGAAUCCUGCAUUUGACUAUGUGCCACCUCAGCUUGUCACUCUAUUUAUUACAGACACUGGAGGGCACAACCCAUCGUAUAUGUAUCGGCUGAUUGCAGAUUAUUAUUCAGCUGAUGAUUUGGUCUUACAACGAAAGCCUAUUUCUUGACAUUGCUUAAAUCUAUAUCCAUUUUUUAUAGAUCCAAAUGUAGCUUUUUUAUUUUAAUUUUUUAAUCCAGAUAACUAUUUUGAAUUUAUGGUUUCUUCGAGAUAGGGUUUUUUGUUACUUGGGGAUUGUUUAUUUUUUCCCCGUUACGUCCUAUAUUGGUAAAAUGAUUAAGGUGCUCUUCCUAGGA